AAAAUGACAAAACUCAGUUAAGAGUGUGGAUAAAGUGUCAACAACUUCAUCACCAUAUGUUCUUUCUCCAUUUGCAUGGCUUCUCUUCCUUUCAACAUUACACCAAACCCUAAUUUUUCUCAUCAAAAUCCAUCAAAUUUCCAAGAAACAACCCAACCCCUUUUCUCAAAAUUGCAUUAUAAGUCUUAUGUUGCUACCAUUUCCUCUUUAUGCAAACAAGGCCAAAUUCAAUCCGCUUUACAUUUACUUUCUCAAAUAGACCACAGCAAUUUAUUUUUCGGAACUCAAAUAUACGGUGAUCUUCUUCAGGGCUGUGUCUAUGAGAAAGAUUUCUAUACGGGUCAGCAAAUUCAUGCUAGAAUUAUAAAAAAAGGUGAAUUCUUUUCAAAAAAUGAGUAUGUAGAAACUAAAUUAAUACUCUUUUAUGCCAAAUGUGGUUGUUUUGAUAUUGCAAUUGAUUGUUUUGAUAGAUUAUUAGUGAAGAAUGUGUUCUCUUGGGCUGCUAUUAUAGGUUUGAAUUGUAGAAUGGGGUUCAAUGAAAAUGCUUUAAUUGGUUUGUGUGAAAUGAUAAACACUGGCCUUUUUGCUGAUAAUUUCAUAGUGCCUAAUGCGUUAAAAGCUUGCGGUGCGUUGAAGUGGAUCAGAUUUGGGAAAGGAGUUCAUUGUUAUGGAGUGAAGAUGGGGUUUGAUGACUGUGUAUUUGUAUGCAGUAGUUUAGUUGAUAUGUAUGGAAAAUGCGGGGUUUUGAUGGAUGCACGGAAAGUGUUUGAUAAUAUGCCUCAGAGGAAUGUGGUUACUUGGAAUUCAAUGAUUGUUGGUUAUGUCCAAAAUGGGUUAUAUCAAGAAGCUAUAGAGGUGUUCCGUAAUAUGAGAGUAGAAGACAUUGAGCAUACUCGAGUUACUUUAUCAGCAUUUCUUUCUGCUACGGCUAAUUUAGAUGCCACUGAAGAGGGUAAGCAAGGUCACGCAAUUGCCGUUAAAAGUGGAUUUGAGUUGGACAAUAUCUUAGGUAGUUCAAUUUUAAAUUUCUAUUCGAAGGUGGGGUUGAUUGAGGAUGCAGAGUUAGUUUUUAGUCAUAUAGCCGAUAAAGACGCGGUGAUAUGGAAUUUGCUCAUUUCUAGCUAUUUGCAAUGUGGGCAAGCUGGAAAUGCACUUAAUAUGUGCCGCUUAAUGAGGUUAGACAAUAUGCAAUUCGAUUCAGUAACGCUUGCCUCCAUAUUGUCUGCGUGUGCGAAUAUGAAAAACAUAGAACUUGGUAAAGAAGCACAUUGCUAUUGUAUUAGAAACAAUCUCGAAUCUGAUUCUGAUGUAGCAAGUGCCAUUGUAAAUAUGUAUGUCAAAUAUGGAAGUAUUGAUUUUGCAAGACAAGUUUUUGAGUCUUCGAUAAAUAAAGAUCUCGCAAUGUGGAAUAUGGUAUUGACGGGUUAUGCUGAAUUGGGACAAAUUGGUGAGACCUUGAGGCUUUUCUAUCAGAUGCAGCUGGAGAGCGUCCCGCCAGAUAUAACAUCAUGGAAUGCUGUGAUUUUGGGGUUUCUUAGAAAUGGUCAGGUCAGUAAGGCCAAAGAGAUGUUCUUGGAGAUGCAGGCUGUUGGUAUUAAUCCUAACUUGGUUACUCUGACUACUCUCAUCUCAGGUCUUAUGCAAGAAAAUGGCAGUAAACCUAAUAUAAUGGGUAUAUUAGCACAUUGCACAGAUGUGGAGUCAUUGCAGUGUAGAAGAGCCAUUCAUAUAUCUUAAGUUUCAGUCGCUAAUGAUUUGGCCGAUAUGCAUGUUAAAUGUGGGAAUAUUAACCAAGUCAAAGGGUUAUUAUAUGAGUUAGGCAUUGCACAUUAACAAUGCAACUAAUCUUUGCCCAUCCCCUAUGUCCUACGGAUUCCGUCAUUUCGGGGUUUUUGUUUUUGUAAAUAAUUUUAAAACCCUCAAAAUUUUAUAUUAUAAUCUGUUCUUUUAA